GAAAUCAGUCGUAGUCUGCCGCUCGCACAUCGUGGACGGUAUUCAUCAGAUACACACACACAUCACAUUUAAUUUAUUUACCAAAGAAGCCAAUAUGUCGGAGGGUGAAUCAAAGUUUGGUUUUAAGGAUAUGGAGAAGGCCUUGGAGACGCUGAAGCUGCUGGAGGAUCAUGACAUGCAGUACCGAAAGCUGACAGUUCGCGGUCUCCUUGGACGCGCCAAGCGAGUGCUGACCUUGACCAAGGCCGAGGAGAAGCUGAAGAACAUCAAUGAAGCGAUUGGAGUGUUUGAGAAGUGGCUGGAGGAUAAUGGCGGCGGUGCGUCCAGCAAGAAUGUCAAGACUGACAACGAGGACAAGGUGGAGACUGUGCCCGGCCUGGGCUUCAAGGACAAGGCGGCGGCGGAGGCAACGCUGAGCAUUUUGGCGGAGCGUGAUCCGGACUACCAGAGGUUGGCCAUCAAGGGACUGAUUGGCAGCUCGAAGCGUGUGCUGUCCGGCACCAAGAAUGAGGACAAGAUCAAUUCUAUCAAGGAGGGUGUCCAAGUGCUGGAGGAUUUCCUGGAGAAGUUCGAGGCCGAGAACCGCAUCAAGGAAAAUCGCGCAUAUUUGGCCUAUGCAGUCGUAUCUAAGCUGCCCGAGCCCAAAGAGGAUCUGUCCGUUGAAUUCCUUGCCGCCUAUGGCGGCUCCAAGGCCAAGGGCAACUACAAGCACCUGCGCACCAUGUAUCCCAAGGGGGAUGAGACCACCAGCUGGGACAUUGUGCGCAAUCGUCAGAUAGCCAAGCUGCUGGAGCAGAUCAAGAGCGAGGGUGCCAAGCUCUUCGACUCGGAGUCGGGCGAACCCACAGAACUGCAUUUGCAGCUAAUCCACUGGGCGUACACGCCACAGCCGGACAAGGUGAAGGCGUAUGUGGAGAAGCUGGCCAAGAAGACGCCGCAGAAGCGCAAGCCUGAGAGCAGCAACAACAGCAACAGCAGCAGCAGUGCCAACGAUUCCAGCAGUGAGGAUUCCGACGAUUCAGUGCCCAAAAAGAAGAAGCGCGAGUAGGGGAGUAGCCACCCAGGGUGGAAAUGGAACAAGGCUGCCACUUUGUAACGAACAGAAAACGGUUCAUAGUUUAUUUAAGUAUUUUAACUCAACCUCAACUCAACGCAAACUACGAUUAAUGGUGGACAUCUUCUAUAUAUACAUAUAUGUAUGUACUUAUGUAUUGUGGUAUAUAAAUAUAUCUUAUUGCGUAUGAUGCCAAGCCAAACCAAGGCCUCGCUUUGAUGUACAAACGAUAAAUCUAAGAGAGUGGAAGAGAGAGAGAAUUGCA